UGGUGAGCACCGAUCAGCUGUGGUUAGGUUACAGGGAAGAAGAAUAAAGAACAGCCACAAAAAGACAAUUAUUUUAGGAAAUAAUGACAGGUUGACACUUUGAAAUUGUAAAUAUAUUAUGGCUGAAGAUGAACUAAGUUAUGACGUUUAUAUUGAUCAACUAAAAGAAGUAUUUAUAAGCUGUGAUGAACACACAAAGGGUUAUCUGGAGGAAAAAGAAUUAUGUACACUAUGCGACAAACUUCAGUUACAUGAAAGAAAGGAUUCAUUGUUGAAUAGACUUCAUACACAGACACAGGACAAGGUUUAUUUUAAAGAAUUUAAGGAAGUGUUUUUAGAUUUACUAAAAGAAAAUUAUGAAAAAACUGAUCAUGUUUUAAAAGAUAAUCACUCGGGGAAUUUAUCGCCUGGUUUAAUUCAAGCCAGUCCAAAAUUAGUAUUUGGAGGUAAAAAAUAUGGCCGUCGUACUAGACCUGAAACAGAAAUAACAAAAGAUGAACUAUCAAGUGAUUUUCAAGUGCAUACUGACAAUGAUUUGUUAAUUGAUUCAUCACGUCUGUCUGAACGGUUGAGUCACAAUUCUUCAAUAGAUAGUUUAAAGAUAAAAUUUCAUUUGAUACCAAAUUUUGUUAUGUGAUGAUUUGAAAGUUCUGUGCAUGCGAACUAAUCUCUGUGUUAGUUUUUAUUGGUGGAUUAAAGACAGGUGUUUCUGGAUUAACUGCCGUGAUAUUUUAGAAGGCAAUCAUUUCUUAAUUUUAAAUAUUACACCAGUACCAUCGAUAAAAAGUAACUUUUAAUACAUUGGUAAUAAAUUAACAGUGUGCAAUUGAAGUGAUUCAAAGAGUCUUAUAUGAAUUUUUCUGCUGUGAUUUGUUUUAGAAGGCAUUUGUUACUUAAUUGUAUAUAUAGCCUAUACCAUCUUUUAAUUGAUUUGCAGAAGUAACUUUAAUGUGUUAAGGUGUUCGAUUGAAGUGAUUAAGAGAGUUUUUUUGGAUAUGAAUUUUUCUCAAAGGCCAUCAAUUACGAGUACUUACGUGAUUUGAAUGAUACCAUCCUUAAUUCAUUAACAUUACUAAUGAUAAAGACUAGAGAAGCCUGGUCAAAAUGUAGCUCAGUAAUUGUGACCUGUGUAAACGUUACUAAUGUACAUAUAAACCUGUUGAUCAACGAAGAGAGCAAGUAACAAAAUAGUUACUCUGGCUGGAUUAACUUCAUUUUUCAAUUGUCUGCUAUUGUCCAGAGCAAUAAUUGACAGUAGAAACCAACCUUUAUGUUUGCCGGGACUUUUACAAUUCAAUUUCGUACUUGAACCCGUCUGCAAAUACUGUCUACAAAUAUAAUUCUCUAAUAAUUAUAUAGUUAUGUAUAACAGGUUUAAAGUGUGCGAUGAAAUGUUAUAUUUUAGCAGUGUGAUCGGAUGGUGAUUUCGUACUUGAAACCAUCUGCAAAAAUGGUCUACAAAUAUAAUUCUCUAAUAAUCUUUAUGACUAUUUUUAAGUGUCCGAUGGAAUGUGUGAUCGGAUAGUGUGCAAGUUAAUUGAUAAUAAUCUAUCUGUAUUUAUGUGAUUGAUCUUUUCGUUUUAAUGGGAUGUCUUUCCACUAUAAGUAUUCACCUAGGUAUGAUUAGAAGGUUGUAUGCCUAGAGGCAAGUAUCCUACUUUCAUUUUAUAUCAUGUUAGCAUCUUGAACAAAUGGACAAUGUUCAUCCAGUUGCAGCAGAUGUUAUAUUGAUAAGUGUAACAAUUGAUCCUUAAUUUACGGUUAACUUGGCAAAAGCAAACAGAAAUAUUUUCGGUUGUGAAAAUGAGGAAAAGACGGGUGUUGAUGCUUUUUUUAACAACUUUGUGUUUAUUGUGUUUUUAUUUACUGUCAUUAUUGUACGUGGAUAUCGAAACUGACAAUUCCAAAUCAGAUUUUAUCUUAGAAAGAGACAUCAAUCGUAAUUUAUAUGUUGAUAGUCCCAUUGAACGUGACCCCAUGUGUAAACCUCAGGAUAAUUUUACGUUUAUAAAAUGUAUGAAGUGUGGAACGGAAACUCUUGGAACGGUUUUCCGAAGAUAUGGUUUUGUGAGAAAUUUAACUUUUGUUCUACCAGUGGAAAAACGAUUAUAUCUGGGAUGGCCUUAUCAGAUGGAGACUUACGAUUACCGUCCAUCAAAGCUUGGCUUUAAUAUUCUCGUGGAGCAUGCGAUAUAUAACAAUACGAUCAUGCGUAAAAUAAUGCCGUCGGAUAACAAGUUCAUCACAAUGAUUCGCGAACCUUUCAACCAUUUUGUAUCAACAUUUUACUAUUUUAGGAUUCAUAAUAUAACAAAAAUGACCUCUAAAGAGCCGAUCACAGAAUAUUUACAUAAUAUUGACAAAUACGAAACUAUUUAUAAAAGUCAUCAAGCCUCGAAGACUCGUUAUUGCAUACCCGAUGGAUUUUCCAUUACCAAAAAUCUUUUAUCGCACUGUCUUGGUUUUCCAUUAGGUUUUCCUGAUGGACAACAAAACAUUGCUUCAGAUCCUCAAGCUGUGGCAGAAUACAUCACAAAGUUGGAAAAGGAAUUUAGUUUGGUUAUGAUCAUGGACUACUAUGAUGAAUCGUUAAUUUUACUGAAACAAGAGUUUUGUUGGAGCUUUAAAGAUAUCCUCUACUGGACUCAAAAUAAGGGUUCUUAUGGCAACGUGCAAUUGCUAAAAACUCCUGAAAACCUACAUCUGCACAAAGAGUAUGAUUUUUUAGACUAUCAACUUUUUGAUCACUUUAACAAAACAUUUUGGCGGAAAGUUGAAGAGUAUCCUGGAAACUUUGUUGAUGAAGUAAGAAUGUUCCAGCAGAUUAAGUUGGACAUUACAAGAUUUUGUUUCACAAAUGAUGUAUAUUCUACAAAAGUCUUUGAAGUGACAAAUAAUUUAUAUACGGAUGAUUUUGAAUUCGAGGCUAAAGAAUGUCCAUCGUUACGGUAUUAUUUGUUGGAAAAACUACGAGAUAUUAAUGAUAAAUAUGUAGGUAAAAAUGGUGUUAAAGUUUCAAAAUUGUCCAAAGCUCUGUGUUAAUACUAUACAUCAGAAAUUAAUGUGAGCAAGAAAUUAAUGCUAUUAAGAAAUUAAUGCGAGCAAGAAAUUAUUGCUAGUAGUAAGAAAUUUAUGCAAGCAAGAAAUAAAUGCGAGCAAGAAAUAAAUGCUAGUAAGAAAUUAAUGUGUGCAAGAAAUUAAUGCGUGCAAGAAAUUAAUGUAGGCCACACCAAUUUAAUUUCCUUUUCUUUGGGAACAUCUGCAAAUAUUUUUCUUCUUAUUUCCUCCAAAAAAGACUUAAUUAAAACCAAAAUAACUUUGUUGUGCUGUUGAAAAGCUUUUAGUUCCACUUUUUAAGUUUUUCAAAUUUUAAAUAAAACAUCUUCCACAUGAUUCAGUGGUUAUUUAUUUAUCCAAAUCCUGAAGAACAGAAAAUAAAUUUGUGUGACCUCCGACAGAGCAAGAUAUUGAAAUAUACAAUAUUUAUUUAUAACUCAAAACUCAUUUUUCACAACUCAUUCUUUUGGCAUUCGUACUUAAAGAUAUGUUUUCUCGACAGCGGAUAAGUGACAUUGCUAAAUAUAUAAACAUUUGUUGAACCUGUCACCCAAUCUGAUCAAAACACAGAUCCUAUGUCGUUUCGUUUUUUAUAGUUCAAAAUUUUGUUUGACUUGUCUUUACUAAACUAGGAUCUGGAAGAGUUGUUAUAUAACCUGCGUUCUGAUUGAUGUGGUCUGUUGGAGUGAAUUCUUGGCAUGCCAUGUGUGGAACUGUGGGUAUCCUACUAGAAACAACGCUGAUUGGUUAAUCACAUGUGUGACAACAUAGGGUCAAAAGCAGCACAUAUGACCCCUGACACGACCUCCCACUACAACUGGUCAGAUCUUCAUGUAGUAGAGACCAUCGAAAGUAUAAGAACGACAAAACGAAAUAAAGAUCUGUAUUUUAAUCAAAUUGUUAAACACCAUAUCCUAACUACCAGGAAACAUAUAUAUAUUUGUUACAUAUCAUUCAAAUUACAUAGCAAAGUUAAACCUAUUGGUUGACACUGUGUAAUCAUUAACUAGAAGUGUCUAGUCACUCAGGGCACAGAGGUAGGAUGAUACUCCCACUUCCCUAUAAAUAAUCUUCAAUAUUGUAGAGUUGAACUCAAAUUUUCCAGAUUGUGAAAGGACCCAAGAAAUCUAACUUAUUGAAGUAUCCAAUUGUAAUGUGUGAUAUGUUUAAUUAUUCCUGGUAAUAUUAAUCAUUCGUUGUCAUUUUAAUUAAAUGUGCGAUAGUUUUAAUCAUUUCUUAUUUGAUAUUUUUCAUCAUUCCUGGUAAUAUUAGAUUUAAUCAUUCCUUAUAACUGUGGGAUCACGAUGGCUAAGUGGGUAAGACGCUAGCCUGGAGAUCAGGUGUCCGAUCCCUGCAUUGGCUGAGAAAGUUGAUCAAGAUUUUCUGGCGUGGUUCUGUCUUAUCAAUGAUGCAGGACGGAGGGCCUGACAAGGACAGCUGUCUAAGUCAUUUGGAUGGUACGAAAAAACCGAGGUCCUGUGUACACAUUGGUGUGCAUGUAAAAGAUCCUUUGACAGUUGGAAUUUGAUAUAAGAGUAGGCGGUAGUGCUGCUCUCCGGGCAAAAUUUUCCUCAUAGCACACUGUAUGGCGUAUGCCCGCCUUCAUUAGCCCAGUUUAGAGCAGAACAGUAGGACGUUAAACUCCAUUUCAUUUCAUUUCAUUAUAACUGAGAUGAGUUUUAAUCAUUUCUGGCAUUAUAUAGUCUUAAUCAUUCCUUGUCAAUUGUCAUAUAAUUAAUUUUAGUCAUUAAUUAUAUGAUUAAUUUCAAUCAUUCCUUAUAAUAUGAUAAACUUGAAUGAUUCAUUAUAAUAUGAUUAUGACAGAAUUGAAAACCAUUUAAACAAAUUUAUGUUAAAGAUGCAUUAUUAGUAAAGGCUAAAUCUUCCUGUUGAUCUUUAAUUGAAGUCUUUUUUCAGGCUUCAAAUGUUUGAAUUAUUAUUUAGAUAUUUAUUCACACUUGAAGCCCAUACUCAAUUCUUUAGACUGUUGGAUGGCUCGGAUAUUAGUUGGAUUAGACCAUCCACACCAUUCAGUCGGUUAAUGAAAAAAUAAAAAAUCAAGAAUGUGUUUUUUAUCGUAGCUAUUACAAUUGAGACAACACUAUUCUUGUCAAAAUUUCAAGCAUUCAUAACUUUGCUGAGAAUAAAACAAUUUAACUGAAAUUUUCAAUAUAUUCAUUUUUGAUUAUCUAUUUUGAAACUAUUAUAGUGAAAACGACCAGUUCUUCAUCUAAAUCUCACAUAAAUGUUGAUGAGUCAGUUAUUAUCCUUUCUUUUAAAAAACGUAUUUAUUUUAAUAUUUGCUUGAUGUUUACAUUGUAGCACAUUUCCAGUUGUAUUGGUUGUAGUUUGUAUAAUAAAUUUUUA